GCCCGGCCCAGCCAUGAUCAAGGCGAUCCUCAUCUUCAACAACCACGGGAAGCCGCGGCUUUCGAAGUUCUACCAGCCCUACAGUGAAGAUACACAACAGCAGAUCAUCAGGGAGACUUUCCAUUUGGUAUCUAAGAGAGAUGAAAAUGUUUGUAAUUUCCUAGAAGGAGGAUUAUUAAUUGGAGGCUCUGACAACAAACUAAUUUAUAGACAUUAUGCAACGUUAUAUUUUGUCUUCUGUGUGGAUUCUUCAGAAAGUGAACUUGGCAUUUUAGAUCUAAUUCAAGUAUUUGUGGAAACAUUAGACAAAUGUUUUGAAAAUGUCUGUGAACUGGAUUUGAUUUUCCACGUAGACAAGGUUCACAAUAUUCUUGCAGAAAUGGUGAUGGGGGGAAUGGUAUUGGAGACCAACAUGAAUGAGAUUGUAACGCAAAUUGAUGCACAAAAUAAACUGGAGAAAUCUGAGGCUGGCUUAGCGGGAGCUCCAGCCCGUGCUGUAUCAGCUGUAAAGAAUAUGAAUCUUCCUGAGAUCCCAAGAAAUAUUAACAUUGGUGACAUCAGUAUAAAAGUGCCAAACCUGCCCUCUUUUAAAUAAAAAAUUAAAAAGGCCACUCCCAGGUAAAAAUCCAGGGGGAAAAGUCAUCUAAGUUUACCAUGCAGUUGUUUACCAAAAAUAGAGGAGGAGAGUCUUAACUUUUGCUCUUGGAUUUAAGUCAAGGUACUGUAUAGAAAUUGUGUAAAAUCAGUAUGGAAGUUCAGUGUUGCUUUUCUUGCUCAGUGAUUUUAAACAAAUUGAGUAGGUCCUGUGUGAUUUGUUUUUUUCUUUUCUAAACUGCAUUCCUAUGGCCACCUAAGGCAUGCCUCUAUAUAUUGGCUACUACAGUAUUUCAGAAAGUGUUUGAGAUAUUUCUUUAAUUAUGUACAAUCCAAAUGUUGGUGUUUUGUAUGGAUCACAAGUGCAGCAUUCCUUAAUUCAUUCUGCUAUUUGUUUCACAAUUGUUAUUUAAGAAAAACAAGUAUGUAUUGCAUGAAAACAUUAUGAACUUUUUCUCUUAGUUUAAAUAAACUCCAAGGUAACUGGACUUCUAAAGCACUUUUCUGUUUGCCUGAUAUCUACUUUAGCAAUAAUUUUUUUUUACAACCCUCUGAUUCAACGAAGUAAAUAAAAGUAUAUUUUAUCACUGUUAAGCAGCUGUUAAUGUCAAUUUAUUUUAUACUCAUGUUUUUAAUAUUCAGAAACUUACUAAAUUAUUCUGAAACUCAAUUCUUUCACAAAUCAAGAGUAGUGUAUCUCAUAGCAUAUUGUAUAGGGUGAGAUCUGGAGUGGGAAGUUAACAAGCUUUUUCUAAAAUACAUUUUGAGAAAAUGAAAUCUUUUUUAUGCAAAUAGCUUAAGUCUUGCAUAUUGUCCCUUCUUGCCUAUGUGAUGAAAAAUAAUUUCUGUAAAUACCUAGUUGAUUUUGACCACGAAAAACCUUGGGGCUACAGUUGACUAUUCCAUCCCAAAGUCAAAGUUAAACUAAUGUUUUCUUAAGUCCUAUUCUCAUUAUCAGUCCACAUGUUUUAAUUUGGUCUCAUGAGCUAUGUAUGAGUAAGGUUCCUUUUCCAGUUAGACCAAGGUUUUCUUUACAAUUGUAGUCCACCUUCUCCAAAUGUUCUCUGUAGAUUUGUGGCAUUUGUGAAUUUUACUCCAAGAACUCUGGGAUAUAAGAAAAGUCACUUUAUUUUUUCUAAAUAAAGUUAAUCUGACUAUUGACAUAA